UUCGCCGCGGGACCGGGGUAUAGGGGGAAAAAGCGAGACAACCGACUAGAUAGAGAUACACGAGGAAUAAGAGAGAGAGAGAGAGGGGAAGAGAGACGAAGCGGCGUGAGCGUUCGACGUCGUUGCUUCUCGUUGUCGAUGGUGGGGAGGCAGAGAGAAAAAGAAAGAGCUAGAGGGGGAGAGAGAGAGCGCCCUCCCCUACCCACCCGCCCGCUUGCCUCCUCUGCCCGCCGCCGUACCUACUCACGGAGCUAACGAACGGUCGAGCGUAGCGUCGAGUAGACCGCAUCCCAAGUAUAACGUACGUACGUAUAUCCACGGGAACCGAACCGAGCGCGCCGUGGCGUGUUUUACGCGCUUAUUUUACGCGAGAAAAAGUCACGGGAAAACGUUGUUCCGCUUGUACACGCGUAACGCCACGAGUAAGCGAGCACACGAGCAUUAAGCGGAUACAGUGCGAUCGGUGUUUGUAGUGGUGUAACCACUAUUGGCCGGUUAGACGCGAGGAUAGUGUUGUGUGACAGUGAGAACGCGUUUGAACGCGUGCGUGCAUGCGUGCGAUACGUGCCUCUCCUCUUCUAUCCGACAUUUAAGCGUCCGUACCAGCGAGUUUCCGAGUGUGCGAAUGUGAGACAGACGAACUCUCUGCGUACGUGCGCGAGCGAGCGUGCGAACGAGAGAAAGAAAGAGAGAGAGAGAGAGAGCGAGAGAGAGGAGGGGGGAAGUGAUAGAGUUAUUGCGUCUGUCUGUGUGCACUGUUCGUGCACGCGGGAUGUUACCGAGUUAUGAGCGUGCAAGCGCGCGCUUGUGCGUGUGAGUAUUAGGGAAAGAAAGAAAGCUGUAGAGAAAGGGAGGGAGGGAGGAAGAUAGCUCGCGAAAAAGAGAGAGAGAGAGAGAGAGAAAAAGAGGGAAAGAAAGAGAAAGGAAACGCUAGCGCGUGCAUGUGUACGUGCGCGCGCGCGCGGGUGAGCAAUUCCUUCGUGCGUCCUUCUUUCCCUCGUUGUGCCACCGGCGGGUAAAACGAGAGGCUGAGGUGACGGACGACGUACUCGCGUGUACGAUAUGUCGGAGCACCACCGCGUGGCCGGUGGCUGGGGCACCGCGAGCCCGGGUAACCGAGAGGAUGGCUCCGGCGGUGCCGCUUGGUGGUCCUCGGGCCUGAACGCCGUCUCAACGGAACAACAGCAGCAGCAACAACAGCAGCAGCAGCAGCAGCAACAAAAUCUACAUCAACAUCUGAUAAAUCAACAGCAGCAACAGCAGCAGCAGCAACAGCAGCAACAGCAGCAGCAACAGCAGCUCGCUCAACAGCACCAUACGGAUAUCGUCCGAAGUACCGCCGCCGCCGCCGCCGCGAAUCAGCUCUUCUCUUACAAAAUGGCCUCCAGCUUCCAGAACCCGGCCACCACCGGCGCGGCAUCGAGUCCGGUGUCGACAUCCUCGCCGGUUGGCAGCGCCGCCGCGUGCAUGAGGGGUGGAUACGAUUAUAGGCUCGGGACGGCGUCGGGUCCUGGACAAGGCGGCGCGGGUGCCGGUGCUGGUGGCGGCGGCGCCGCUGCCGGCACACCUUCCGCACCGCCGCCCGGCGGCGUACAGUGGUGGUAUUCGGGCAGCGGAGUCAUGGACGCCGCCGCCGCACAGAACAACCUGCACCAGCAGUUGCAGGGUCAGCAGCAACAGCAACAGCAGCCGCAGCAGCAACACCUCUCGCCCAUUACCACGCAAACGUCUACGCCCCCCGUUAUGUCCCCGAUCUCACAUCCGCACGUAGGUCAACUAGAUUUCCGAUUAUUUCUGCAGCACCAAAUACAGCAGCUGCCGCAAAAUAAUCUGCAACAAAAUAACGCUCAGAGUCUGCAGCGGGACAAUAUGCCGAGAGGAAAAGAUUCAAAGCCAAGAGGACGGAUGACAGCAUACGCGUUCUUCGUCCAGACAUGUCGUCAAGAGCACAAAAAGAAGCAUCCUGAGGAGAAGAUUGUUUUCCGGGAGUUCUCCAAAAAAUGUGCAAUGAGGUGGAAGACUAUGUCGGACAUAGAGAAGAAACGGUUCCACGAAAUGGCAGAGAAAGAUAAGAAGAGAUACGACGCAGAGAUGCAAAAUUACACGCCGCCCAAGGGAGAAAAUAAGGGCAGGGGCAAGAAACGCAAACACAUUAAGGAUCACAAUGCUCCUAAGAGAUCACUGUCCGCUUUCUUCUGGUUUUGUAAUGAUGAACGCGGCAAGGUUAAAAUGCUGAAUCCUGAAUACGGUGUAGGCGAUAUAGCUAAGGAAUUAGGCAAGAAAUGGUCAGACGCAGAUCCCGAAACCAAAUCCAAAUACGAGGCUAUGGCGGAGAAGGACAAAGCUCGAUAUGAAAGGGAAAUGACCGCGUACAAAAAGAAAAUACAAAACGACGGUGCCCCAAUGAUGGGAGGAGCGCCGGCGAACCAAACUGUAAAAAGUGACAGCGAAGAGGAAUGGAAAGAAGACGACGAAUAGCGGAUGCACGUCGAAAUUUCUUCAUCUAUCACCCCGUGUCCUUCAUCCUGAAAGCAUACCUCACCUACUGUACGUACCAUUGACCUUAGCGUGAGCGUACUUACACCAGCAUCAUUAGGAGAACAAAAUAACUAAUCACCAAGCAACCAACCAAUCAAUCAACCAAGCUCUUUAAAUCCCCACCAAUCAACACCUCCUAAUUCUCUUUCCCCGAUUAUUUACGAUAAUGAUAAAAGUAAUCCGCGCUAAUUACGAUAAUUAUUUUAAAAGGAAAAACUGAUAUAUGUAUGAGUGCUGCGCGAGCGUGAGCGAGAGCGCGAGAGAGAUCAUUGUGUGAGUGGAACAUUUGUACUUUAACAUAUUGAUAGUAAUGAUGAUGUAAAGUGGCUAGUAGGAUAGCGGAAGAAACAAAAAAAAUAUAACAGAAUUGAGAGAAAAAGCAAGAGCGAAAGAGAAAUAAGAAGACAGUGGAUGCCCACACUUUCUCUAUUUGAUGAAUGGAAGGCGCAGGGGCUCAAUCAUUGUUGACUUUUUGCUCUAUCGACGCUAUGUUACGAGCUAUUUAGCUUUAGUUUACUAAUGACGAAACGCGCGAUGAUGACGGGGCUCCUAUAGUCGAGGAUCGGAGAUGAUCGUUAUCUUGCAGAUUUUCGCGAAUAUUCACAUUCUUCAACACGCGAGAAUAUCGUCCUUUCGUCUUUUCCACGUGAUUUAUGAUUUGCGUGGAAGAGAUACAACGAAAUUGCUCUCUCGGAUCCUUGUUUUAAAAAGGGGCGAGUCAUACGUCGCGUCGUUGCGAAAUUAAUAUUAUAUUUUUGGGGAUUUUAAGUUCAAUUCAGUUCAGUUCAGUUCAUUCGUCGCCAGCGUGACAUAAAAAAAAUACAAUCAUAUUGCGAGAUAAAAUAAAUAUAAACAGAUUAUUGUUAUAUAUCCUUGUACAGAGAAAGCUUCGUUUUUCUUUUUUUUUUUUUCAUAUAAUUUUUAAUGAAAGGAUCGUGUUGAGUGCGCGUAUUGGGGCAUGGGGCCGUUUUAUGCAUAUUUUUGUGUGAAUAAACGAUUGAUUUGACCGAGAGGUACACACCAUCAUGUUUCUUAUAAUAGUUGUAAGUAUUUAGAAUUAAGUAUAUACGUGUAUCUUAACACAGACUUGAAUUCUCCGGCGACUCUCUAUGUCUUUUUUUAGUAUAUGCGAUGUACUUUUUUCCAACACUACGCGGCGGUAUUACAAGCUACGAACCACCACGUGAUUGAGCCUUAAUUACGUAGCCAAUAAGCUCGAUGUUAUGACUUGGAUCGAAAGAAUUGUAUGCGAGAG